CCAGUCGUAUACUACUUGUCGGGUUACCAACCGUCGCCACAGCUUCCGAUCGAUCACUCGGCGCGGCUACGCCUUAUCUCCGCCGCCAAAAUUCCUGCAUAUGUGCUCGCUUUCGUCCAUAUAUUCUUUCUUUGUUUGUAGCGCACACAAUCGAGCGGUCAGUUGGAGGAUGAGUGAGUUGUCGAGGUUGCUUGCGUGGGGGUUCUUGUCGUCAUCGUCGUUGUUGUUGCUGCUGCCAUGCGUUCUGUGCUGAAGAUUCUGUCACAGAAUUUUAGCAAGGUCUCGACGGCGGCGGCAUGCAGCGCUAGCUCAACCUUUGUAACAAUUUCGUUGAGGAGUGCUUCAAGCUAGUCUCUCGGAUAGAAGUGUUAAUAUUAGUGUGGUUCCCCGAAAGUUGUGCAUUCUGAGUCGGCAUGUGUAGGUUUUUCUGAGUUUCUUUGGAAAGUGCUCGAGAAUCUUUGUUAUUAUCACAACUGCCGAGUUGCUAGUGCUUGUUGUUUGUUCGCCCUCUGAGGCCCUUUGAGAGCGAGGUUCCUGGUGAAGGAUCAUGAUCGUAAGUUGCGAUGCACAACUGGCGUUUGUGAGAAGUUCUAAGGUUUCUAGUCUGGCUUGUUCCUUUGAUGUUUAAAGCCGGUGUCGAAGUGGAGAGAUUUUAGAGGUGGAGUUUCCACUGGCCAGAGGUAGUAAGUUUGCCGUAGAUUCAUAUCUUCGGGAGACCUUUGUUAUCCUUUAAAGUAUUUGUCAGGAGCAGUUGCAAAACACCGAAACACAGACGAUAGUGUGCAAAUACUAGACCUCUUCUCGCUCGCUUCGAGUAAUUUACGAGCAUUUGUGGAACCCAGAGGCUGAAUUACAACAUUUAAGAUACAAGGAGUAAUUUUGGUACACAUACAAUUAUUAAAUGUAUUUUUACCGAAAAAUUGGGAUUUAGAUGGCUUGAAGUCGGACUUGCUGUUGAAACUCACUCGAGCUUUGAGGUGUUGGGGAUCCAGUCACCACCGAUUAUGGGAGUAGUGACCACGUGAAAACGGGACGCACGUGGGCCUCGCUUGAAGCAGGCCGUGGUGAAGUUGGCGGGGGGAAUAAGCGGGCCUUGUGGAUAUGUGAAUAUGUCUUUAUAGAAUCUUGUCAAGAAGCUUGCUGCUUUGGAAACAGUUACACAAAUGCGGAAAUCGUUAGAAUCAAUGGUCACUAAGUUGUCCUUUCCUAUUGUCCCACAAAUUCUGCUCAGUUGCCCCACAAUUCUCUCCUACUCGUCUAAGCCCCCGUCGGCUAACCAGACUGGGGUUUGCCAGAAUCAUCCCAUCUAGCUCAGAUUUUUUGCCAGUUACCAACAAGGCGGCGCUCACGCAUGCAGUGGUAGGUCAGAUAGUGUCGAACUCAGGUCCCACUCGAGAGGGUUUGGGUUUCCCGGUGAUAAAUUUCCUCAGCGUGUGUUUGGUUUGGUAGUGUGUGAGCUAAUUGUAACGUGGAAGCGAGGUUUCAUCUGCUAGGUCAAAGAAUACUGUGAAAGUCAUGGUGAUUAUGGAAACGGGAGGAUCGAUAUCUCAACUGCAAUUACCCCCUGGGUUCCGUUUCCACCCCACCGACGAGGAGCUGGUGUUGCACUACCUUCGCCGAAAAGCGGACUCGCACGUAUUCCAGAUCCCUGUCAUUGCUGAGGUGAAUCUGUACAAGUUUGACCCGUGGGAUCUGCCUGACAAGGCUUUGUUCGGGGAGAGAGAAUGGUAUUUUUUUUCGCCAAGAGACAGAAAGUACCCUAACGGCGCAAGGCCUAACAGAGCAGCCGCGAGUGGCUAUUGGAAGGCUACGGGCACAGACAAACCCAUCCACAUGACCAACGGCCACAGCAAGGUGGGCGUCAAGAAGGCGCUGGUGUUCUACCGAGGCAAGGCCCCCAAGGGCGAGAAAACCAACUGGAUCAUGCACGAGUAUCGCCUUGCUGAAGGGGUGUCGCCCUCUGCUCACCAUCACCGCCGCGGCUCCUUGCGGCUGGACGAUUGGGUGUUGUGCCGCAUUUACGAGAAAUGCACGCACGCGCAAAGAGCUGGUAAGGAGCACGAUCGAGCCAGCGUCGAGGAUGUGUUGGCGUCGCUCCCCGAAAUCGACGACCCCAAUCACAUGCUCCCCCGACUGAAUUCGAUGGGCAUGAUGGAGUCGGCACAGCAGCAAGCCCUUGUGGACAGCAUGCUGACGAAGGGCCCAUCCGAUGACGGUUGCAGUCUGUCGGUCAGCAUUGACAGCCUCCAGAGAGGGAUGAUAUCGAGCAAUCCAGAUGUUGCGGCACACGAACUACAGACCAGCACUUUGACGAAUGAAUGGAAAAUGCAAGUGUCCUUGGACUCCACCCCCAACCACCUCAUCGGAUACGAUUUUCAGAACGAGCUCGGGUCGGUAUCCUCUGCCAUGAGGCCAACCCUAAACAUUCGACCCUCCAUGGCCGGUAGCGCCAUGACCCACUUCCAAAACCCGCAGCGAUCUAGCAACAAUAUCGGUGCUCGGAUGGUCGCGAGGUCCAUGCCAGUGCCGCCAGGCCGCGCGGCAUCUGACGAGGAAGUCCAAAGCACGUUACGGUCAUCCACCACGCGGUUCGGAAAUGGUAACGAGGGACUGGAAUCCAUGUUUCCGACAAUGGGGAAUUUCGAUCAGCAGGCUCAGUCUACAUCACCCUACACAAGGAACACCAUGGCAUACAACCUCCCCUAUGGCCAUGGUUCCUUGGGCACCUUCAACUGACGCUCACGACUACACUAAGUGAUGGCCGCAAGAUGCCAUGACGUGCGCCAUAGUGGUUGCAACGAGCAGAUUGUAAGCUCCUGCUCCAGUGCUUGCAAGUGCGGUAAAUUCACUGAGCGUCGAGCAGUCAUAUGGGUAUCAACAGUGAGUGAUUGAUUGAUUUCAGCACAAAUGGUAGCUCUUAAAGCCUGAUGCUCGGAACACUACCUAGAGGACUGCAGGAGUGUCCGAGUGGUGCUUUUGUUUACAUUGUAAGUAUUACUGUAUAACUCCAGGAUUGAAGAUCAAUUAGGGGGCGAGAAGUUAACAAGUACAACUCCUUCACACAAGUCAAUUACAACACACACGCAUACGAACCACGAUCACAUACAUUGAAGUUCGGUACGAUCCAUGUGUAGAAAAAAGCUUUUAGUUCUUGUGGCGUAAGAGAAAUCGACAGCUUAGUCAUACGUACAAUCGACCCUUGCGUACAUACAAUAUAUAUACAUAUAUAUAUGUAUGUAUGUAUUCAUAUAUGUAUAGAUAGAUAUGUGUAAAGCAUCAGUGCCUAUCGUUAAGGGUGGGGACUAGAAAUGGUCUUUGUUUUUUUAGUUGUAAAGCUGGUGAACUGUGGUAGUCGAUGGCGAACGUCGUCUAGCUACCUCUUCAUCUGUAAUUCAUCCCUUGAUGGUGUACUUCUUGGAACUUCAAAGUGGGUGCACCAAAGUCUGAUUCUUUUACAAUAAAGAAUCCUGCACUACUCAGACAGUAAUUACUUCUUUUUUCUGA